GUGAACAGCUUGUUCCUCGGAUGGCCUUAUGCCUGGCACAAGGCAGCACGUGCAUCUCACGCGCACAGACAGGCACCGGCAGCGUCUGAGAAGACGAUAUGGUCGUAAGAGGGGAUGGGCAGGAAUAGGAAGAAAUAGGAGUAGCGAGAAUCCGAGAGGAUGAUUUCGAGCCCAGCCUUAAUUAUUCCAUUGAAGAGUUUUCUCCCGCCGGCGAGCACCAGCAGGAGGGCCGUGCCCUUCGCGGCGGCGGCUUCUUCCAGCAACCAACCUCAUCGCAUUGACACCGAGCAGCUGAGGACUCAACUCGACCAACUCCACGCCGAAGCCCAGAUAACCAGGUCCAAGGCAAAUAGUGCACGAUUGAGGCUUAUGCGUUUGACAGAGGCAGCUGAGAAUCUUCAAAAAAGGGCAAGUGCUGAUGUUCUUGUCGGCAAGGAAAGCAAGGCAAGGGAGCUGCUUAUACAGAAGAAGAAGCUGAUGCAAGCCUUGGAGAAAUCAAAAAGCCGCAUCGAGGUGCUUGAUAAACUUUCAGCAAAGAUCAGUGAGGUGAUUUCAUUGAAGGAAACACAGCUAAUACAACAUGUUGCCAUGCACUCUGGGGUUAGCCAAAAAGAUUCUUGUCAACAGGUUCGGUUUAUCUCCCCAAAGUAUGGUGAUGAUGAAGUUUCAAACAAAACUAAUAGCAUUUGCACAGAUUUAACUAAAUCAGGUGAGAAUAAAGUGCCCAUGACUCAGGACUGUGAAGUAAACCUCCCUGGGGAUUGUCAGCCCAAUUUUGAAGUGUGUACUGGCAUUGUCACUUCAAAUGAUGAUAACAUUAUCAGCAGUUUAAAAGACAUGUCCUCAUGUAAAGACUUUUUGGAACAUGUUGAUAGGCAACUUAGAGUAGUGGAAAUAGAUCUUGUGGAGUUUAUAAGGCUCCAAUCCUUGAAAUCAGAGAAUAGAGAGGAGCAGAUGAAUAACAAGGUGCAGGAAAUAUCAGAACUUUUGACAGAGAUACUCAGCCUCAGAGGGAGCAGGAUCACAAGCAUUAUACAAUCUAAAACAAAUGACAGCUAAGUUUCAAAUUUGGAAAAUGGAAUGAAUCGAGCUUCACAGCUUGGGUGAUAAGAAGAAUAAAUGCAAGUUACAUGGACUAGAUGUUGGAGCAGAUGAUGCCCAGGAAGGAAUCAUGUGCAAGGGCGCCAGAGAAGGAUCUCAAGGAGUAAACAACGAAGCGGUGAGGCAUUGCAUUCAGGAGAUGGAGGUCAUGGCGAAAAUUUUCGGAAUGAUUUUCGAUGCAUUGCCUGGUUGCCCUGAAGAAUUUUGGUUUUGUGUGGGGAGUCUUUUUGCUGAUGCUUAUUAGCAAAUCCUAGUAUUGGUGUUCUCUUGAGGCCCUAGUUCUAUUUUGAGCUAAGUUAAUGGAAGCCAAGUUUUGAUGGUUUUUCAGAUAUUUAUUUAUAUGUGUAUGUUAGGAGUUAGCUGGUGGGGAGAUGACUGAGAGGUUCCCUCCUUUUGUUUGGGCGUUACUAACAAAUCCUGCUUAUAUUUAUAGGCAACUAACUGUAGUGCUAGUGCCCAAGACCAUCAAGCGACAAUUCAUGAAAUUUUUAUGGUAUGUUUCUUUUGGGUUUUUGUU